AUUUCUGACUGAAAAAGUGUUUUAACGUGUUUUAAUAAGCUGCUAAUAAUUUAAUUUAGUUCAACCGCUUCAAACUUUAUUUUGUAAUCUUCUAAUUUAAAUGCAAUUCUUGAUGUGAACAUUUUUACAAGAUAAGACUUAAUGAGUAAUAUAUUUUUUCAAGAAAAAAUAGGAACAGUUCAUGCAAGUGAUUUCUGAGAAAAACCAAGGAUUUGAAAAAAGGAUAUAAAGUCAAGAACCACACUACAUAAGGUGCUCACCACCCUCCUGCCACGAUGUCUAUGAUGUUGGAGAGCCACACACUCCCAAACAUCGAAGGGAAGGCGAUGGAGUUCACGGUGGACAUUCAGGACGCCCAGUUUAACCAUGAGGGAUGGUAUUACCUGGUCAUCACGCUGCACAACUCUGCAGUUAAGGACUACAGCAAAGUAAAGGUGAUGAAGAGUGACAGUGGUGUGUGGGAGACAAAGCGCCAGCUCCAGACAGACUUUACCCGCCAGGAGGAAAACACCCCACUCUCAUACUUCCAUGACAAACGAUUCACAUUCAGAUUCCCAAAAGGUUUCUUUAAGAAUGACAAGAACUUUGAUGUCUAUAUACUUGUGGAAGCUUUCACAACCGCUGACACAACCCAGGGCAAAGGUCGCAAGGUUGGAGAGGGCAAAUUUGCUAUCUAUCCCCGCCCCAAUGCCCCUCGCAUGAAACUGUAUGCCGAACCAGGGGAGGACUACUAUAACUACACCAACGUGAUGUCCCUCCUCCGAACUCACAGCACAGACAACAUCACGAUGCACUGUGGAAGAAUUCGGAGCACCUACUCCAUGCGUGAAAUUGUCCCGCCCAAACCUAGAACCCCAGAUACUCCACCACCCAGGCCAGUCCAGAAGACAGAAAGGAAGACACCAGCACCAACUCCGGUGGACAGCCAACCAAACACUGGUCGUAUGUCCAAACUUCUGAAGCCUGCAGACAACCGUGUGCCAGACAGACGCCCUGCUUCGCCCCCCAGCUCAUGGGGUGAGAACCUCUCCUUAGAUCUCAACCUACCCAAGUCCCCACCACUCCCACCGGCUGCUGACGGGAAAAAGCUUGAUGAGAGUCCUAGAUCAGAUAAUGACAAGGGGACAUUUUCCACAGACAAGAGUUACCGGCAUGUUGCCAACCAGGGAAAUGAACUCAUAGAAGUAAUUUUGCAUGGGGCCAGUAGCCUCCCUUUAAAUCCAGAGGGUCAUGUCCCACUACCUUAUGCCGUAGUUAAGACGAAGACAGGAGAAGAUAGGAACAAGAAGUCCCCCGCAGUAACCCACUCCACUCGCCCUACCCACACCCCGUCAUGGGAGGAGAUGGUCUCAAUACAUGUGGAUGAAAAACAGGCCCAGGAUGAAGAGAUGGUGGUGAGUGUUGGUGAUGCAGCGUCAGGCAAGGGCCUUGUUAAUUACCGCAUGCCCGUCUCCUACCUGACUCCCUUUCAUCAGUACCAUCUAGAACUCAACAUGCCUGCGAAAGGUAUCCCAUCCGGGAUUAAGACGUUUGCAACAGUCACCCGUAAACUGCCCCGCCUACCUGCAGACCCUGCCUGUCCUAACUAUUUAGCACUGGAGGUGCUGUUGAUGGGUGUUCAGCGGCAGAUCAAGACCCCGUUGGGACCCCUGAUAGCUGUAGCCAGGAUCGUACCGGACUACUACAACUACAAGAGUGACAACCUGUUGAGCCAUCCCCGCAAUGCGGGCGUGGUCAUGGAAAGUAUCACCUUCCCUUCUGCCCACCCGUCAAACUUUGUUGUCACAGAACGCUCACAACACGGACACCCACAGUUAAGCCUUCCUGGAGGCCCUGAUACCCAGCCUGUGUGGAACCAUCCGUACCUGUUUGUGGAACACCGGGACAAAGCCACACUCUUCACACCCGGGGCAGCGCUGGUCAUAGAGUACUACGUUGCCUCUAAAACAAUGCCGGACCAGUUCUGGCGUAUGCAGUCACCUGUGGCGUUCUCAGCCAUCCUCAUGGAUGAAGACAUGUACAAGAACCUGACCGAGGAUAACGCCAAGCUAGGUCUCCGUAUUAACGAUGUUCCUGUUCAGUUAUACAACAACCCCAUGUCAAAUAGGGAGGGUUCAAACAUGUCCACCAUUGAUGGUCGACGGCCUACUGUGGGUGUCGUUCUUCGACUUAUUACCACUGAGACACCAGAUUCUAUGGUAGCAGUUAGCAACCUUGAUGCAAUUCCCACGUUAGACCUAUACCCACCCUCGGAUGUCCCAGACUAUUACCGUGGCGACUCUCCGGAGGUUCUUAACAUUGAGACAGGUCGCCCACCUGCUGCCACCCAGAUGCCUGAGACACCUCUCUCGCCCGCUCGUACACCGAAAACCCCGCCAGACUACAGAGACGGGUACCCCAGAGGUCGAAACAAGAAUGAUGAUAAUGAUAAAGAUCGGGGGAAAUAUGUGUUACACAGGAUAAAGAAACGGCCACUAAGUCCCAUAAAGGAUGGUGAGAUGCCUCCCUUCACAGCAAUGGAGUCCGUGUUGCCGGACUACCAGUACAUCUUCCAGCCCGGAGAGGGUCAGCAGCCCCGCACCCCGACACGCACUGCCAGACAUCCUACACAGUCCAGGAUACCAGAGGGGACAGAGGAUGUCGACAAGAACUCGUUUUUGUUACUUGACCAUCAGACCCAGGAGCUCGGCAACUAUCGUGAUGCCGUUCACAAGAUGGGCUCCGAUAUCAUCACUCUACGAGGACAGGUUCAGGCGCUCGAGAAUGUGAACGGGAGCCUGCGACGGGACCUUGCCAACUAUAACGACGCUAGCAGGCUCAUGGUGGACAGUGCAGAACUCGAUGGCCUGUCGAAACCUGACAUCCUCGCUAGAUAUGCUGCCAUCAAGCAGACGCUGUCCACACAGACCACAGACCUGAAGGUGUACAAGGACAAACUUCAGAAGUCUCAGAACGAUCUUAUCAAGAAAAAUGAUGUGGAGAAGGAAUACCUGAAGCUGAAGAACUCUGUAAAGACCCAGCAGGGCCAAAUGUUGAAGCUGCAGGAGAGACUGAAGAAGUUAAAGAAGCUGGAGGAAGCGUGUAAAAAGCAAGAGUCAGUGAUCCAACAGAUGGAGAAGGUCCUAGAGAAACACCACAGGGAUAGGUCCAGGUACCAGAAAGACAAAGCAUCACAGGAUGCCAAUGAAGUCUUGCUACAGGAAAACAAGAGACUCCGAGAACAGAUAGAGGAACUCAGGAUCCAGUUACGCACGUCGGGCGGGAACCCGAAUGACGAUCUAGAGAAGAUGGAGCUGUACCAGGCCUUGGAGAAGGCCGAGGGCAGAAUUGCUGCGCUGGAGAACCAGCUUGCGGAGAAUGCACGUACCUGGGGUAAGGAGCGAGCUAGUCUCAAUCUGAAACUGAAUGAGGCGGAACAUGGGUUUGGGCGAUCCGCGGGCAUGGUCCUGCACGACUACCCAGUCAUUGGUGAGAUAGGAGGAGGCAAGUCUUCAAGGCGCAUGUCACCGCUUGUAAGCUUCCGAUGAUAGGCCACAUUCUAUCACAGACCAUAAGUGCUUCACCGCUUCAGGCUCCCCAUAGAUCCAUGAGUUUGUGAUAUACCGUGUUCUGACUCAAUGGUCACUGAUGUGCACAUUUAGUUUUUCAUCAGGCUUAAUGCUAAAAUGUGCAUGACGAUUGUUUGAUUGGAAAAACUACAACAAUGUUAGAAUGUGUCAUUACCUUCGUAGAUAUUUAAAAUCACUUUAAAUCCUCCAAGCCUUCUCCAUCUUGUUUAGAUAGUAUAUCAAAAAUCAAAGUUAAGUAUCAGGGUGGCUUUGUCUGCCCACUGUUUAUAUCAGUACACUUAAACCAUAAUAUAUCAAUUUAAAGAUAUCUGAAAGGCAUAAUUUCAAUACAUUUAGAAAAUAGCUGCUACACAUGUACAUUUACAUGUAGCUUUCAUAUGCUUUUUAGUGGAUUGGUGUUUGGUUUUCAUUGGAAUGUUACAAUAAUGGAAUACAUGGUUCUCCUGCUUGCUUCACAGAUUUUAAAAUCAUUAAAUACGUUAACUGUAAUUUUAUAGUGAAAUAACAUUUUGUUCAUCAGUGCAUUGUUCUCAUACAUGUAUGGGUGCAGACGGCAACACAUAUGCUCGCAUGUGCAUAACAUUCAUUGAAAAUAUGGAAAAUAAAUCCAUACCACAACUACUUUUAUGCAACAUUAAUGAGGGAUAAGACCUUGAGCUCUUACUGAUGUAUAAGAUACGCCUCUAACAUGGGUAAUUUGAUGUAUAUACUUUAUUUUCAAACCCUUUGAAAUAUAGAUUUGUCUUCAUUUAUGAUUGUUCUUGAAGCUUUAUCCAAUUAAAAGUGUUUCUUACCUGGUGAUGUAUGUUAAUAUAUGUUUAAACAUAUUUUGUAAUCAUAAGAAUAUGAUAAAUCAUGAUAUAUAAAAAUAAAUCAUGUUAUAUAAAAUAAUUCUGUAUAUUCAAAAAGUUAAAGAUUUUCGAAGCAAUAAAUAUAUGUGAAUACAUUUUUUGGUACUUGCAUCUAAAAACACUUUGAAAUUCCGCCAAUCUAGACCUGCUACAAAAAUCCCUCUGAAUACUACCAAAAUCCCCCUGAAUUUUUCAGCCUUUCUGAACCAAUCCCCCUGAAUGGUCUUCAAAAAUAUGGCAUGUUUUUUUAUUCAACAUGUAUAUGGAACAUUGCACCAUUGUAUGUCAUACUAAUGUAUGCAUGAUAUAAUGAAACAGGUUAAUGCUAAUAAUUUAACUUACGGUAAUUGCAGUAUAAUGAACACUUAAGAAGAUUAUAUAUGUAUGAGGACGUAUUUAUAAGAAAGUUAAUAUUGCUGAAUCUUGCUUCUUUGUCAUUCAUAUUGUAGGAAGAACUUUUAGCGAACUUCAUUGUUAUAAAUGAGUUAUAUGAUCAUAAAACUUCUUGAGCCUCUUCUAAUGUCACUUCUUAACAUGAGUCAAUUUCCUAAAAUUUUCAUAUUCAAAUUAAAAGAAAAGUAGAAGUGUUUUUAUCAUUAAUGUAUAAAAUGUUUGACAAAAAUCCUUGAAAAUAAAGUGUUUCAGACAUUACCAAGAUAUUCAUCAAAUGAUUAGAGAAUUACAGGUACUUUACCUAGGAAAGCCACAUAGAAAAUUACCUACUUAAGACGUUUUAUGAAUACUGGCCCUAAUUUAUUUAGAUUUGCAAAAGAGUCAGUUUACAUGUCUAUUUCUAUUGAAAAAUAAGCCUUUACAUUGAAGUAUUGUUAUGUCAUUUUUAAUCCAUUGAUCAUAUUAAACAGCAGUAAAAACUUGACCUUCUUUCACCUUUAAUGUUUAUUUUGAGUGGAAACAUAAUGUAACAUAUUUUUCCUUACAAAUCAAUGUUUUGUUACAAAAAUAAAGUUAAACAUCUAUCAAAAUAGUCAGUAUGGAUGAGACUUGAAAAUUCCUUUGUGUAACCAUUAAAAGUCAAGCGUUUUCAUUUCCUUCUUUUGCAAAAUUCCGCAAUAAUUGAUUGCCUUGUUAAUGUGAUUUUUUUUCAAAUGCCCCUUACUAAUAAUUGUUGUUUUAUAGCUGUUCAUUUUUGUGUCAGAAAUUAUGAAAAUAACUUGCAAUAUUUGUGUACAAUGUAGUUCUAGCUUAUUGAUGUAAAUAGUGAUUCAUUUGUUGCUGUAAACCCACUGUUAUUGUUUCUUUAAUGUUUAUGCUGUUAUGACUGUGGUAUAAUUAUAUCAAUAAAUUAUGAAGAAAUAG